AUGAGUAUAUUUCUUCUUUUUAAAAUUGAACAUUACUCUUUGUUACAUAUCCCAUAAAGCCUUUAAUUAUUAAAAAAAUCAAUAAAAUCAAAUAUUUAAUUCAGCUUUUUUGAAUUAAUACAAUCUCUGAAAAAUAAGGCAACAAACAGGAUUCCAACUAAGCUUGCAAAAGAUCCAACCAAGCAGAUUGACAGGCAAAGUUAAGUCCUCAUAUGCAAUUAUGUAUGUAAGUUCUAGUAAAUCAAUUCAUUUAUUUAUUCUAUUUUUAUAUUUAUCGUGUGA